AAGGAGCCAUCAAAGAAGGCUCAGUUUUUAUCAGUCAACGACUACUGUUUAGAUCCUCCAUCCAUCGUUGAAUCUCACAAAUCAUUCAUAAAAGACUGGUCUUAAUUUCUGGGUUUCGUUCUUCUUCCUCAAUCUCCAAUGGGUCGGAAGCCAAACGAAUCCGAACCCACACGAUUAGCUUCUUUGAUCCUUCUCUUGUUGGGUUUAGGUUCUUGUUUGGCAGCGUACAUAUUCGCCACGGCAGCACUGAGACCCAAAUACUCGUCACCGGAGGUUGAGGGAGAAAGUAAAUGGGUUGGUUUAAUCGAAAAAGGCGGCGAGUGUUGUAAAGGAGUCGAGAAUUUGGAGUUAUGGGGAACUGCAGUGAAGUGGGGUACCGAUUUCAAGUUCAAUUCAUCUGAGGAAUGUUGUAAAGCUUGUAAAGCUAUGUGUACUGGUAAUGAUGGACCUUGUUUGUGUGAUAGUUGGGUUUUUUGUGGGAAUCGUGAAGCUUGUGGGAAUCAAUUUGGUGAGUGCUGGUUGAAGAAACAGAAGGAUACAUUGGUUCCUGAAAAGCAAGAUUCAGGAAAGAAAAAUAGUUGGACAUCCGGCAUCAUUUUUGGAAAAGGAGAGGGCAUUGUUGGUUUGGAAACAGAAUAUGGAACACUUCACAUGAAGCUUUAUCCUGACUGUGCCCCAAGAUCAGUGGUUUACAUCCUCCAAUUGUUGGGCCUACGACACUGUGCAGGCUGCAGAUUCUAUCGCGCUGAAAGCCGUGGACGAUCAUGGGAUUCCGAUGGGAACCAUAUAAAAGAUGCUCCCUAUGGUCCUCCAUUUGGUCUGAUUCAAGGAACCCUUGAAGCUCAAGGAAACCCUUUUACUGACAUACCAACAGAAGCCUGCCCAACAAUUAAACGUGGUUCGGUUGCAUGGGUCGGGUCUGGUCCCGAAUUCUUCAUAAGCCUGGCAAAUCAUCACGAGUGGCAAGGAUCGUACAUUGUAUUUGGUUCGGUUUUGGCAGAAGACAUGGGGAUUGCAGAGAGAAUCGCAGAGCUUCCAACGAAGGCGGAUGUUUGGAAUAAUGUGAAUGUGUCGGUGUUGGAGAAUUCAGUUUCGAUUAAGGUUUCGAGGAUGAAAAAAGAACAUGGAGACUUGAAUGUGAAUGAAAAUGUUGGAUCUUGAUGGAUUUUUUUGAAUGUUAUAUUUGAACAAAUCAUUUUGGUUCCAUAUUUUUCAUAUCAUAUAUAGAUAGACAGAAUGUUAACUACUUACAAUUAUCUU